CAUGCAGUUGCACACUGCAAAUGAUGCUUAAUAGCGAACUGCAACUUUGCCAGGCGGAGUGCUAAUGUUGUCAUUAUAGGGAAUUAAUGCUCAGAAGCUGUUAUUGUUUUUAUUAUGGACGUUGCAGUGUGUGACUUUCGUUACGUGUACAGUUUCUGUGGUAGAAGCAGAGGUACUUGGCGCUGUUCAUUUUUGGCUGUACUCUUUCUACAUGAAUAUGUGUUUCUACAUAUGAUACACAUAAAGUAAUUAAGCACAAAUACGGUGUGCACGGUCUGAGUCACACUGCUGCACAAAGAACUGGAAUUAAGUGUUGUGUGUAUGUGACAAUUGUCUCUUCCAAAAGGUGAGUGGAUGCUUUGCCUCCUUGUGAAACAUCUGAUGAGCCACUUGUGAGGAGUCAGCUACUCCCCUUGCUGGCAGAGUGACAGUCCCAGCAGUAUAAAAGGGCCCUGAGGGGCAGACUGUGCUGGGUGUAGCUGAUACAGCAGCAGAACGAGGGCUUCUCCUAGGGACUGCAGCUGCAAAAGCUGUGCUAGGUUGUAGCUACCAACACUUAAGCUACGCAAAAUGCGUGAGAUCGUGCACCUUCAGAUUGGCCAGUGUGGAAACCAAAUUGGAGCUAAGUUCUGGGAGGUGAUAAGUGAUGAACAUGGAAUUGAUAUUGCUGGAAACUACCGUGGGAAUGCAUCGCUGCAGCUUGAGCGAAUUAACGUGUACUUCAACGAAGCUUAUUCCCAUAAAUAUGUGCCCCGUUCUAUCUUGGUGGACCUGGAGCCUGGUACAAUGGACAGUGUACGAUCUAGUAAAAUUGGCCCACUAUUUCGACCUGACAAUUUUAUACAUGGUAAUUCAGGUGCUGGGAACAACUGGGCUAAGGGCCAUUACACAGAAGGAGCUGAACUGAUUGAAAAUGUCAUGGAUGUGGUCAGGAACGAGUGUGAGAGCUGUGACUGCCUGCAGGGAUUCCAGCUCAUCCAUUCUCUUGGUGGUGGUACGGGCUCAGGUAUGGGCACGCUCCUCAUCAACAAAAUCAGAGAAGAAUAUCCCGACAGAAUUAUGAACACUUUCAGUGUUGUUCCUUCACCCAAAGUAUCUGACACAGUUGUAGAGCCCUAUAAUGCCAUCCUCUCCAUCCAUCAACUAAUAGAGAAUACAGAUGAAACCUUUUGCAUUGACAACGAAGCACUAUAUGAUAUAUGUUUUAGAACUUUAAAGCUCACCAAUCCCACCUAUGGUGACCUCAAUCACUUAGUGUCCCUAACAAUGAGCGGUGUUACAACCUCACUCCGUUUUCCUGGCCAGCUGAAUGCAGAUCUGAGGAAGCUGGCUGUUAACAUGGUGCCCUUUCCUCGCCUGCAUUUCUUUAUGCCAGGCUUUGCUCCUCUAACAGCACGAGGUAGCCAGCAGUACAGAGCCCUCUCAGUGCCAGAGCUUACUCAACAGAUGUUUGAUGCACGCAACAUGAUGGCAGCCUGCGACCCCCGUCGUGGGCGUUAUUUGACUGUGGCAUGCAUCUUCAGAGGCCGAAUGUCUACCAGAGAAGUGGAUGAACAGUUACUGUCUGUCCAGACCAAGAACAGCUCCUACUUUGUGGAGUGGAUCCCUAAUAAUGUCAAAGUGGCUGUGUGUGACAUACCACCGCGAGGACUGAAGAUGGCAGCUACCUUUAUUGGCAAUAACACGGCCAUUCAGGAGCUCUUCAUCAGGGUUUCUGAACAGUUUUCAGCUAUGUUCAGAAGAAAAGCGUUUCUCCAUUGGUACACUGGUGAAGGCAUGGAUGAGAUGGAGUUUUCUGAAGCAGAGGGUAACACCAAUGACCUUGUUUCUGAGUACCAGCAGUACCAAGAUGCCACUGCAGAUGUUGAGGAAUACGAAGAAGUGGAAGCUAGCCCAGAAAGGAAACAUAAAACAGUGGCAGUAUAAAACAUUCUCCAUCUAAGCCUUUUGUCAAUCACUAAGGAAAAGCACUAGCCACAAGCCGCAUACCAAAAUAACAUCAUCCUUAAGAUUAUUUUCCUCUCCAAAAUUACAAUACAGCUUUUGAAAUUAACAGUAGGUAUGCUCUACUUUCCUGUCUAUACUAAAUCACUCCCAGAUAUGAUCCACUAUGAAGACAGGUUCCCUCAUAACAGUCUUGCAAAUGUAUUCCCUUCUGGAAUAUUAUUGCUAACUAUACAAUAUACAGCCUGUGUGUGUGCAUUAGGAUCACAAGCAAUUGCAAAAGAUGUUAUAAACUUAUCAAAUUUACUUAUUUUGAGGUAACCACAGUCCAUGUUUUGCUUGUGAACUUGCUACUGUGUUGGGAAUACACACUUGUAGGGCCUACAAAGGCAGUAUGUCAUCAUGCACUCUAGAGAUAGAUCUAGAGCUGCUGACAAUUUCAGUUCCUUUAGCAGCAGAAUGCAGGGGAAAAACAAAAGAUUAAAUAUUCACCUUUUUUUUGUUUUUUUUUGGUUUAAGAGGAUAUAUUUUAAUAGUCCUGUCACGUUGCUGGUUUGCAUUAUUGCAGAGCUUGUACUCAUUUUGUGGUUUAUUUCAAUUUCAAACUAUAGCUUCAGUUAUACUAGCAUACCAAAUUGUAAACAGUUUAACAGUUUUGGCGUGGUGUUUUGGUUUUUAUUUCCCUUCUAUGUAUUAACUAUUGUAAAUUUUCUUCCUAUCACUCAGUACAGCAACAGAUGGGAUGGUUUGCAGCUAAAUAAGAGAAGUAAGUUCAAUGUCAAUCACUAAAUAAGAAAAAUACCUUGCGAAAGAAAAGUAUGCCUUUUACAGCCAUUUACUUAACACUGCAUUUAUAAUAUUCUUUGAAAUAAAAAUAUAUAGCAUUCUGUAAAAUACUUCAACACUUGAAAAAUUUAGUAGGCAAAAAUCAUUGUUCAUAAUGACUAACAUGCACUUAAAAAUUCUUACUUGGAAAAAAAA